GAAAGCAACCUUGACAAGAAAGGCCCCAGGAGCUAACGACAGCCAGUGUACCUUGUGUGUCCCCGAUCCCUUCUCAUGGCGGUGGAGGUGCCGAGGCAUGAUGCUUUGUAUCUCCAAAGAGAUAGACCUGAGUGGAAACACCCGAUUCCAGAGAAUAUGGAGGUGGAAGGCGAACCAGUUGAUGACGCUUUGCCACAGGAAGGCCGACGAACGCAGUUUUCCGAACGAAUUAUGAGUCCCGAUAAUCCCAAGCUGACCGAAACGACCAUCUCCGAUAGUGACGUUAGCGUCGAAAACGAAUCACUAUCAAAUUCCAAACGCAAGCAACCCUGGUGUCCAGACGGCUCUAGCAAGCGUUUAUGUACUGACAGAAGCAGUAUCUCCUCCUCACCCAUCAAGCACUUGUGUCCUUUCGAAGGCUGCAAUAGAGUUUUCACGAAAUCGUCCAAACUGACUCGGCACCAAGUGUCUCAUACAAAUGAGCGCACAUUUGUAUGCCCACAUCCAGGUUGUGACAAAACAUAUUUGCGAGCUGACCAUCUCGCUCGCCACGCUCUUACCCAUGCACCUACACCCGAAUUCCAAAAGCCCUUCAAAUGUGAUCACCCUGAUUGCGGUCGAGCAUUUGCAAGUCGCUAUCAUUUGAACAGACAUAUCAAGCUUCACGAGACACCACGGCCAUAUAAGUGCAGCUUUGGAAAUUGCACGGACUCCUUCGCAAAGCAUUCUCAGCUACGACGGCAUAUGUGCACGCACACUGGACAGAAGGCAUUCCCAUGUCCAGCAUGUGACAAAAGCUUCUCAACGUCCCAAAAGCUGAAACAGCACCUUCGCCUACAUUCGACAAAUCCGAGAUAUCAAUGCACGAUCUGUAACACAACCUGCCCUAAAUGGUCUCUCCUUCAGGCUCAUAUGAAAGAAGCGCAUAAACCUGUCUGUGACAUUUGCCAUAAAACCUUUUCGAGACGAGACGUUUUGAAAAAUCAUAUGAAAAUACAUGCGGUGGACAGGGAAUUGUGGGCUUGCGAGUGGGACGGUUGCGGGAAAGUCUUCACUAGCGCCAAAAUUCGCGCGAUACACGUUCGAUCUACACACGAAAAAGUCAAAGCCUUUCUGUGCAACCACGAUGGAUGCGGAGCCGAGUUCGCACAUAAACACCUUUUAGUUCGACAUCGCCGCUUACAUGAGACUUCCCCAACUGUGAGGAAGAAACGCUCAGACGCCAUUCCUCCUCCUACUCUUCUUGAGCACCUAACAGGUCACAAUUACGCUGGUGUUGAAACUGGACGGUCAAAACCAUGUCCUAUAGUGGGAUGUCGCUUUGCGUUCAGGCGGCAGUACGAUCUAGACCGACAUAUAAGGAGCGUGCAUAGACGUAUUGACGAAGCUGAUGUAAUUGACAAGGUAGUGAUGAUGGAUGGAGAUUCAGCGGCGAAAUGCACGGAUGAUAAACUUCUGUGGUCUAUGGGGAGUGAGAAAGGAGAAAGGGAACCGACGCGAAGGAAAAGUAUGCGAACAGCAGAGAAGAUGGAAGGGUUCUACGAUGAAGCAGAGCUAUGGUCGGAUUCUGACGAAGAGUUUAGACCAGAGAUUAGCGACAGCGAGGUGGGAGAUGAGGAUGACGAUUAGGAUUAGAAGCUUAGGCAGAAUGCAUCGUGUACCCCACACGUGAGAGUAGUCGAGAAUAAGAGCUACGCUAGAAUCGCUACAGCAGUGUGUAUUAUGAAGCGCUGCCAAUGCAACUGUAGC